GCUGGGGCUGCCAGGUGGCGGUGCAUCGGACGGGCAAGAGGGAUCUGCAGCAUCCGGCAGAGGCGGGGCGAGCGAACAGGAUGGCGUCGACCACCAGCUCCCAGUACCGGCAUCAGGAGAGAAGUGUCACCGGCCGGCCCGGCAGGCCGGAAAACUGGGAUCAGCAGCUCGACACACUGCUGUCGGACCUGAACGAGAGCACGGGGCCGGGGCAGGGCGGCGGCCCGCCGGCCCGCGGCGGCGCCCCCGUCCAGGGCGGCGCGCUGCCAGGCUCGGAGGACUUUCACGAGCGCUGCGAGUACACCAGCCCCGAUCAGCGCACGCGUACGGUGGAGGAGCGCAGCCAGCGCACGGCGCGCGCUGGCGACGGCAGACAGAUGGUCGCCAGACAGAUGUACAAGUCUUCUCACUCUAGCAGCACCGGCCAACUGGCGGUCCUCCCCCCAGGCCCAGCAUUUGAUACGACGCCAACGAAGGAAAAUGGCGUGGACAUGGAUAGCCUGCUUGAUCAAAUCGACGUUUCAAACAAUACGACAGCCUCAAAUGCAGCUCCGCGGCCCCAUUCCAAGGGCCGGUCGCCGGGGCUGCCGGACGAGCCGUCGCUGCUGGUGCCGGACAUCAGUCAGCCGGCGCCGGCCGGGCACAUGCGCGUCACCAAGUACCAGUACCGCAGCUCCAAGCAGCGCUCCGUCAGCCCGCAGCCGGCGCCGGCAGCGCCCCAUCCCGACCUCACGCCUCGCGACAUCCGCGACGUCCUGUCCAAGCCGUGGCCGGCGGUGCAGCCGCGGCCGACGCCGCGGGAGCCUGAGCUCACGCACAUGACGGUGUGA